GCGGGGGAGGUACAUAAAAAGGCAGGGCAGCGGGAGGUGGGAAGACGCGAGAGUGAACCAUUCACCCCGCCUCGAGCACCCGGGACCCUGAGCCCACAGCACGCUCCGGCUCCGCAGCCCUCGCCACCCCAAAAGGAUCCUAGCCAUCGGCAACCUAGGUGGGCAUCAGGAUGAAGGCGGCCCGCUUCGUGAUGCGCAGCGCCAGCUCGCUGAGCAGCGCCGGCCUGGUCCCCAGGGAGGUCGAACUCUUCUCGCGCUACAGCCCGUCCCCGCUGUCCAUGAAGCAGCUGCUGGACUUUGGUUCAGAAAAUGCCUGCGAGAGAACAUCUUUUUCUUUCCUGCGGCAAGAAUUGCCCGUGAGACUGGCCAACAUCCUGAAGGAGAUCGACAUCCUGCCCCACCGAUUAGUGAAUACCCCCUCGGUGCAGCUGGUGAAGAGCUGGUACAUUCAGAGCUUGAUGGAUUUGGUGGAGUUCCACGAGAAGAGCCCAGAAGACCAGAAAGCCCUAUCAGACUUUGUAGACACGCUCAUCAAAGUUCGAAACAGACAUCAUAACGUCAUCCCUACAAUGGCUCAAGGGAUCCUGGAGUACAAAGACAGCUGUACAGUCGAUCCUGUUACCAAUCAAAAUCUUCAGUAUUUUUUGGACCGGUUCUACAUGAACCGCAUUUCUACACGGAUGCUGAUGAACCAACACAUCCUUAUAUUCAGUGACUCAAAGACAGGAAACCCAAGCCACAUUGGAAGUAUCGACCCUAGCUGUGAUGUGGUAGCGGUGGUCCAAGAUGCUUUUGAGUGCGCGAAGAUGCUCUGCGAUCAGUAUUACCUAACAUCGCCAGAAUUAAAGCUCACACAAGUUAACGGAAAAUUUCCAGGCCAACCAAUUCACAUCGUGUAUGUUCCUUCCCACCUCCAUCAUAUGCUCUUUGAACUGUUCAAGAAUGCCAUGAGGGCCACAGUUGAGCAUCAAGAAAAUCGCCCUUCCCUGACACCAGUUGAGGCAACCGUCGUCUUGGGAAAAGAAGACCUUACAAUCAAGAUUUCUGACCGAGGAGGCGGUGUUCCUCUGAGGAUUACUGACCGCCUCUUCAGUUACACGUAUUCCACUGCCCCGACCCCUGUGAUGGACAAUUCCCGGAAUGCCCCUUUGGCUGGUUUUGGUUAUGGCUUGCCAAUUUCUCGUCUCUAUGCCAAGUAUUUUCAAGGAGAUCUGAAUCUCUACUCUAUGUCAGGCUAUGGGACAGACGCCAUCAUCUACUUAAAGGCUUUAUCUUCUGAGUCUAUAGAAAAGCUCCCUGUCUUUAACAAGUCAGCCUUCAAGCAUUAUCAGAUGAGUUCUGAAGCCGAUGACUGGUGUAUCCCUAGCAGGGAACCCAAAAACCUGUCAAAGGAGGUGGCAGUGUGAAGAGGAACACUUAGGAAACCUUACGGGAUCAAAGUGGGUCUAUGGCAGCGCUGCUUCAUGAAUACGUGUGUGGACUCUUGUUUCUGCAAACAAAACCAAGCAAGCGAAAAAAAAAAUCAACUCUAGAACAGACAUUGAUCCAGCGAGUGGCGGAGCUUGGUUGUGUGACCAGGGAGAAAUCAGGGCAGGAUUCCAGUAGGUAACAGGUGGCCUGCUUCUCAUUUGGCAAUGCAGAAUGAUCCAUGAUUAUUCCAAAUGCAGGGAAAGGAGUCCAUCUCUGAGUUGCACCUCUUCCUCAGCAAGUACCGAGUCUGAGGUUUGCAAUUUCAACAGCUGGAUGUUGUAGAAUUCUUGUUGCCAUCUAGAUAGAUUGGUAUUCAGUGAACUUUAAAUAUUAAGACCGCGGUGUUUUCCUGCCAUACAAAGGUUAGAGAGUUACUAGAAACGUAUGUAAAUGAACAUUUUAUAGGUGUUGAUAUGUUCUAGAAAGAACAGGAUGAAAGGAAUCAAAGCACUUUCCUGAGCUUGUAGCCGAUGUGCAAACUCAGAAGAAAGCUUCUCUGUCGAGACUUCCAGCAUCAUGCAGCCUUUUCUGAUUGGGCUGCACUCAAUAAGCCAGUGUUUUGGGGCUGGUGCCUAGCCUACAGUGAAAUGUUAAAUAUGCACUGAACUCAGGAAGCUGGGUUGGAAAGGGAGAUAAAUUGCCAAAGUGAUCCAAAGAUUGUAUGUGGGGGGAAAAAGCAUAUUAGGGAAAGAAAUCACAUAUUCAGAACUUAACUGGGAAGAGAUGGUUCUUCUCUGACUGGAAAUGGUGAAGACUCUAAGGGCGUCUACUUUCCAGGCUUAAAAGAUGUGUAUUUUAUGUUUUAGUUAUAUUCUUUACACUCCAACAUUAACAUAUCGUUCAAAUUUUCUAACUGCCAAUUGGCUUGAGGACAUUAAAAUUUAAAUCUUCUUGGAGCCUUUUUUUUUUUUUUUUUUUUUUUUUGAGUAGUCUGGAAGUAAAAAGUUCUUGUGCCAGAAUGAUGAGAAUAAUGGAAUGAUGUCCUUUGUGAAUCAUGGAGAUGUUGAGAACUAGUAACUAAAUGUUGUGACAUGCAGAAAGACUGGGAGGAUACAGGCAUAAUUGGCAGGGGGAGGUGAUCCAUGCAGAUCACCUUACAAAAGAACGAAAGAAAAGGAACAAGGGAAGGAACCGAGAGAGGAAAGGAAGGAAACAGAAGACAGGCAUCUUUCUAUUUCCCUACCAGCUAACCCAAGGACUCCUCUGUGUUUUUCUGGGUAGAGAGGAGGAGGAAACUGUGUCCUUGAAAGCGGUAUGGCUUCUUAAAUAGGAUCUCACUCUUAAAGGAUAAGGAGCUUCGUGAGAUAAUAAAAUCAUUGUGUCAAAUUAAUGUCAAAGCUUUCUUCUGCACUGUGAAAUUAUCAGUCCUGUGUGUCAGCUGAGUUUGAAAUUUGUAUUUAAGUUCGUGGUGACCUAGUGCUGAGGUCUUCUGGUUGUGAACAGCUAUUUGUUCUGGAUUUCAGAUUCACCUGUAGAAGUCCUGGACAAUGACUUUGAUGGCAGGGCUUUGCCUCCUGCAUUGAUUGAUCACACAAAACUGUUGACAUUUAGGUUGCCUGUUGUAUCAUUGUUGCUGGCUUGUUUUUUUAAUUGAAAUUUCAGCUACAUAUUUGUGCAUAUAUAUACUUGUGUUUACCAAAGAUCUAUGACAUUUUGGUUAAUUAGCCCAAAUGCCAUAAGCUAUGUUUAAAGAAAAGAAAAGAAAAUCUUUAGGAUCUCAAUAGCAUCAACUGUGUAAAUUAGGUUGGAAUAGUCCUCUCUGUUAUUUAUGAACCCACAGGAGACUUUCAGCUCUACUGGAUGGAUACUAAAUGCCCAGGCCCACUUAAUUUAUUAUUAAUGUGUGAAUUAUGUUUUUGUUUUCAGGUUAUGUUCAGAGAAAUGUCAUAAUUUUAUAAUAAAUACUUUUCUUAUAAUA